CCCAAAUCGCAGCUCUCGGCCUCGGCUUUCCCGAACCCUCUCGUCGCCUCCCCGCCGCAGCGGACGCCAGCGAGCUAGGGCUUCCUGCUCUGGGGCCUGGUCUCCCCCGUGUGCCGGCGACAUGGGGGCCGACAACGACGACGAGGAUCUCGUCGCCUAUGGGACGCCCAUCGAGCGGGAGGAGGACACCUCCGCCCGCAAGCGCCGGGCCAUCGCCGAGGCUGGACAGCUCCGUGCCCUCCCCGCCUGGAAGCAGGAGGUGAGGGAUGAGGAAGGACGAAGAAGAUUUCAUGGUGCAUUUACUGGAGGCUUCUCCGCUGGCUAUUAUAAUACUGUUGGCACAAAAGAGGGUUGGGCUCCACAGACAUUUACAUCAUCACGAAAAAAUAGAGCUGAGUUGAAAAAACAAAGCAUAUACAACUUUGUUGAUGAGGACGACAUGAAGGAUAUGGGAGGUAAUGCUUUGGAGACAUCUCAUCAGUACGAUACAUUCGGUUUUACUGCCGCAGAAUAUGCCCGAAAGCAAGCAUCCAUGGAACAGAAAGAGAGACCAUCUGCUAUUCCUGGACCAAUACCUGAUGAAUUGGUGGUCCCCACGACAAAUUCAAUUGGUGUGCAAUUGCUAAUGAAAAUGGGUUGGCGCCAAGGUCGUUCCAUCAGGGACUCGCAUGCUGGUUCGUUAUAUGAAUCACGCAGGGAAGCAAGAAAAGCUUUUCUUGCACUUUCUGGCAUCAAGAAUGAUGAUGAUCAAGACCAAAUUGAUUCUGACAAGCUUAGUGUAGAUCAAACUGUUUCAGGAUCAUUCAAGGAAAUGCAUGCCUCUGGAAAUACCCCUGUAUUCGUGCUUCAUCCAAAGCAGGAUUUGCAUGGAUUAGGUUAUGAUCCGUUCAUGCAUGCUCCUGAGUUUCGAGAUAGGAAAAGAUUGCAAAAGUCAAGAGAUAGGGACCACAAAAGAAGUGAUGUUUCGGGGAGAGGUCUUCUGACAUCUAACUCAGGACACUAUGCACCUGGCUUUGGGAUCGGAGCUCUCGAAGAGCUUGAUGUUGAAGAUGAGGAUAUUUAUGCAUCAGGUUUCACUUAUGAACAAAUUGAAGUUGAUAUCGAGCUGUCAAAAUCAACCAGUGAUAGUAAUUACAAAUUUGACGACAGAAAGAGAGGUGUCUUCCUGAGCUUUAAGAUAGCCUCAAACUCCGAGUACAAACUAGAAAGAUUCCAUCCUCCUGAGAUGCCCACUGAUUUUGAUGGUCGACACAAGUUUCCUACUCCAGUUCAGUCUGCAGAGAAGUUUUCUGAUUCAGCUCCUCCUGUGGUUCCUCCUCCAGAAGACACUAGCUUGAGACUAUUGAUUGAGGGUUGUGCGGCUAUGGUUGCACGUUGUGGGAAACAUAUUGAAGAUUUCUACAAGCAGAAAAGUAAAACAAAUCCACUGUUUCUUUUCCUUAGUGGAGGAGAUGGCUGUAACUACUACAUGAGAAAGUUGUGGGAGCAUCAGCAGAAAUAUAUUGGUCGGCAAAGACCUGAUGCUGCACAGUCAAAACCUUCUUCUGACAAGUUGACAGCAGAGAAUCGUGGGAAAAUUCUUGGUGAAAAACCCCUUGAUAGAAGUACCAAACUUCGUGACUCAUCUCUUUCUGCAAAGGAAGCAGUUCAAUUGCAAUCCAAUCUUGUUGACACAUUUGUCAAGCCAAUAGCCCUUGAUGAUCUACCAGAGCCUGAGAAGCCUUUUAGAAAUGAUCCUGCGAAACAAACAAGGUUUGAGCAGUUCCUUAGGGAGAAAUAUCAAGGAGGUCUUCGCCCUGCAAAUGUUACGCCUAUAAGUACCAUGUCUGAGGCUGAUCGUGCUCGAGAAAGGCUAGAUUUUGAGGCUGCUGCAGAGGCAAUUGAGAAAGGCAAGGAAAAAAAGGUUAUUGAUACUUCAUCAGUGCUAGGUUUAUCUGGAAUGAAUAAGCAACGUUUUGUAUCUGCGACUCAACUAGAGGGCUCUGUAGUUCCUCAAGAUGAGAAACCCAUCUAUCAACGGAGGGAGCAGUUUGAGUGGCGGCCAUCACCAAUUCUGUGCAAACGUUUUGAUAUUGUUGAUCCUUUCAUGGGGAAGCCAAUGCCUGUUCAAAGACCUAGAAGCAAGAUAGAAAACCUUAUCUUUAUGACAGAAUCCACUAAGCUAACAAAGGAUGAAGUGGAGAGUUCGAGUAGGAGUUCACAGCAGGCCUCUGUGGCAGGAAUAACAGAGGCUGAGUCACAGGGAACAGCAAAUGACCCUGAUGUUGAGCUCAGCAGCAUUCAAAGACCUGUUGAUCUUUACAAGUCUAUCUUUUCUGAUGACUCAGAUGAUGAUACAGACGAAACUCUUAAGAUUCAACCAGUGGAUCCAGUUAAGACAAGUGAAGGCGCAAACAUGGCUCUCAAUCGUCUUGUUGCUGAGGAUUUCCUAGAAUCAUUGGGUAAAGAACUGGGAUUGGAGGUCCCACCAGAAAGACUGAAUGUUUUAUUUAGAUCUGAAGCACUUUCGACUGCUGAUGCAAGUGUCUCAUCUAAGAAUGAAAAGAUGGCAACUGGUUGCACGGAAGAAAAGGAGAAUAUGAGUUCUCUUGGGAUGGUGGAAGAUGGCAAUGCCAAUAGAGAUGCUCCUUUAGCCACUUUUGAAAAGCUUAAUUUAAAAUAUGAGCAGGAGCAUAGAACCGAGCAAAGCAUGUCACACCCGCAUCGGCAGAGCCGGAAUCUUAGUCCGAAGUCUGAUUCAUCUAGCGAACGUCAUAGGAGUAGAAAAAGAAGAUCACAUCAUCACAUCCGGAGUGGAACUCCAGACUGUGACUCUUCUAGUGGACGGCAUAGGAGCAGGAGAAGAAAGUCUCACUCAAGGCAUAGAAAAGGCAGAAGUAGAACUCCUGACACUGAUUCUCCUAGUGACACCCAACAAGAUGAGAGAAAACACCAGAAGAAAAGGCAUCACCAAAAUUAUACGCCUGAGGCUGAUUCUAGUGAUCAUGAAUACAAGGAAAGAUACAAAUCUAGUAAUAGAAGAUCGUCUGAUAAAAACAGAAGCACAAAGCAUUCUAGACACCACAAGCACAGAAGAAAAGAUCAUGCAUGAUAUUCAUGAAUACGAACAGCAUGGGUAUAUGACUGGAAAUGAGGGGAAAUUCAGGGAAGAGGAGCGGUUCUUUUUGCAAAUUAUGGAUGUUUGAUGAGAACACUGCAGCAGAUAUCAAAAUAGAUGUUCGCAGUAAGUGUUCUACACCUCUUGUAGCUUAUCACCUUUCCUACCUAAGCUUUCUUUGGUGGAUUCGUGGAAGUCCCAUUUCUAAGCCACAAUGCAGUCCUUGGUACUUGUCUUGCUAGUUUCCUGUGUGUUUCUAGUUUUCUCUUAAUUUCUUAGAUGUCCGAUAGACUUGUCUCCAAUGGUUCUCCUGUCUACACGACAUCGCUAAGUCAAAUCAGCUUGGUUUCUUUCAGUUCAGACAAGCUCAAAUGCACUGAAGCCUUUAAUUGCACAUAUUGUACUCUCAAUCAACGGUAAUCUGGAUGCUGUCUGAUGAAGAGGAAUUGCGUUUAGUUGUACCAGCAAGUUUUAUUCUAUUAUCUAUCACUGGAUAUUCGUCUUGUCAAAGUUAAUACCCUGUUUUGAAAGGACCACCGGUACUUAAUUGCUGGUCACUUCCCACUGGCUUUGUCAGUCUGGUUUUCAGCAAAACCAUGCUGUAUGAAUGCUUUGUCCCACUGGUUUAAUUUAAAUCCUCUGGGGUAGUGUAUUGUUCUUGUAAAGGAAAGCAAAGUUCUUUGGAACAAAUGUAAUUUAGUCCAACACAGUGUUGGCUGUUACCAACCGACUUUUUCUUCCCUGGUUAGUAGAAAGAUGUUGCAAUUGAGAGAAAAGCAAGGGUAAAGCUGGUGCUAAUGGUCGAUAUCCU